AUGAAGGCCGAACAGCUUAGCGACGCUGUAUCCGCGAAAAGCCGCUUCCGAUGCAACGCCUCCUCCCAAAUGCACAUCUGCAUGUACGUCGUCGACCUCAACGCCGAGCUGCCGAGCGUGUGCUCACCAGCUUCUGAAAUUGGGCAGCCAAUGCUGCAUCCUUGCCUAGCAGCGCCUCUGCUCCCACUACGACACCCAGCAAGGAAGACAGACAAGGUAGAACAUGUGACGGGGUCAACCAACCACAACGUUGCCGCCGAUUGCUCUCGAGAUGUCAAAACACCUACCAUUGCCAAACAGAUGAUAGGGAGCCGUCGGUGUACCCUCAACCAAGACAAUGGGCGUGGUGGCGUGGCCAUGGGUACGAAUGUAGUUGACAAGAGGCUGAUGGCGUCGGUGCACCAACCAAUGAACGUGAGCACACAUCAGAAUACGCGCGCGCGCGUCUUCACGGGCGCUGUAUUUACCACGGUGCGAUUGGUGACUUCGGCGGCGUUCAUGUUUGGAAGACAGUCGAUGACUAUGACCUUGGCGGGUAGCUGGACUAAAAAUUCAGCGACUGUUUCCUCCAUAACACCUACGUCGGGCCAACGCAAGAGGUCAGGGGGAACCUUGCAAGACGUUCUGACAGCCACCAACCAGGGCACCGAUGGCAGGCACGCACCAUUGCCGGCAAAGCCCAGGUUGAUGAUCUCAUGCUGGAGCAAGCGCGACAAAAAGGCAUCAUACUCGUGCCCAGGCCUCGAGGCAACACCACCCUGCUGA